GCAGCGUCUCGGCCCGUCCCGCGGGGCUGCGGGCGGGCACCAUGGAUGGCAGCCAGCCGAAGCAGGAGCACUUGCUGGCUCUGAAAGGUCCUGUUUUCCACUGAUCUUUGCAGCACGGGGCAAGGAAAUUCUUGUAAAUAAGAUUUUUCAGUCUAGAUUUGAGAAUCCUACUCAAGAGACUGUUCCUUUUCUUAAGAAUAACUGGAUUCUUACUGUACAAGCAUGGAAGUGGUCUUGCAUUAUCGACCACAUCAGAGAGAUCUAGUAAAACUGCAGGAAUUUGCAGAAGCAGCAGUGAAGGAGUUUCCCAUUCGUCAGUUACCAAGAUUUGCACCCUGGUUUCCAAAUGAUUUAUACAGAUUUCCCCUCAAACCAAAAAAGCGGCCACCUGUUAUUUCUUGUGAGGAAGCAGAAGAAUUGAAACAACUUUCUGCACCUUCAGAAUGUGUUACAGGACCUCCUGAUUAUGACUGUACAAAAAAUCUCCUUGAGUUUCAGUCUAACAUGAAACAUGGGCAGACUUUAAUCCAAGCACAGACUGUUUGCAGACCAAUUAACUUGGAGAAUCAAGGAGAAUCACCACCUAAUGGAAAACAAAAAUUGAAAAGGUCUUGGAGUGUUUCUCUCGCUAGCCCUAAGCUUAAAGAAAAGAUUCUUCCUUUAUCUCAAGAACUGCAAAAUAAUUUGGAAAGACUAAAACUGCAUGCAUUUUAUAGAGCAAAGUGGACAAUCGAACAGUCUGCUUGUAAUAAUCAAAAUUUGGAGGACAUCUGGAUAAUGUUGUAUAGACUCAUCAAGCAGAAUGAAUUACCAUCUUGCAAUGCUACUAUCCAAAGAUCUGUGGGAGAGAUAUGGGUUUUCUGUGAUAUAUUAUACUGUGAAUAUGUUAGAAAUAUUCUUAGGGAAAAGCUGAGCCUUACUGAUAAAAUGAAUUUGACUGUACAUAAAUUUGGAAUUAUAUUUAGUUUAUAAUUGUGAGAGUUUCAUAAUCAGAUUGCUGUCUGAAGUACUGGAGUUUUUAAGCAACUUAGAAUAUAUAAAAUUUAGAACAACUACUUAAUAUUACUUGGCUGCAGUUUUUUAACUGUAAUAAUGUAUUUAUGUUACUUGGUUUUGCCAGGAGACUUGUGAGUAGUUCUAUUAAGAUUAAUAAGUUUCUGUUUGACUUAGUACUGCAUUUUGUAGCUUUUCUUUGUCUGGGUGGUCUAAAGGAAGAAAAUUAUAAAUAAAAUUUCCAGAUUAUUAUGGCAAGCUGUGUCAGAUAAUAAAAUUUAUGCUUUCAGUCAAACAAAGUACAUCCUUACUGUGCUUCUUUGAAAUCAGGUGAAGGGAAAAAUAUUUUUAAGUGAGUUGUUACAAUAGCUGUAAAGAUCUGUAAUUAUAUCUGACAAUAAGACUGUCAAGAUCUGAUUAUUUCAUGAAAGCAGCAUGUGUUUAGAUUUAUUUUUUUUUAAUGAAGGUGUAGCCCUCGCAUGAAAUACAAACUUACUCUAUAGACUGUCCUAGUAAGGUUAAUUCCAUAUUUUCCUAGAAAUACUACUGAAAUUUUCAGUGGAAGUUGUGUGCUGAAAAAUAACAAAUUAGCGUUUUCUGAUUUAUGGCUUUGGUAAUAAGAUUAUUUUUUGUUCCCUAUGUUUCUGGUCUUCUCUCUCUGUAUUGGAAAACAAGAAAGCUCUAACUUUGAGCUUCAGGUCAAGAAAUUAAGAACUCUGACUUCUAUCUGUAAACCUUCUUGUUGUCAUUGUGAAAGGUAAAGGUCUCUAAGGAUGUUAAUGUGUUUUAUGAUGCUAAAAGGCUGAGUUCAGCAUGAGUUUUUGUCACUUGAAAGAGUAAAGUGUUUCCAGGUCACUGUGUCCCUGGUCAGCUCCCUGUUCGGAGGGUCAGUAGGACUGUUAAACUGGGAUCAAUAUGACUGUAAGGGUAUGUAUUCCUCGUAGGCAGCCCUACUAAUGGUAGAUAAUUUUGGUGUAGAGUGAGGUCAGGACCUGUGGAGUCUAGAAAAUGGAGAAAAUAAGUGAAUGGUAUUUCUAGAUUGUUAGAUUAUCAUUAACACUGACAAAAUGGAAGUGCACAUAAGCAUAAUGGAGAUCCCUCUAUGUAAAAACCAAUAAAAUCCCCUUGAACUUUUUCUUA